ACCGCGACGGCACAACGUGUGGGAGAACAUGGAGCUGUACCUGGACCUCCACUCACAGCCCUGCCGCUCCGUCUAUCUCCUGGCCAAGAGGACCGGCAUCCCCUUCACCUUCAAAUCAGUGGACCUCUCUGCAGGUCAGCAGUUUGGGGAGGAUUUUGGUAAAGUUAGUGUGGUGCGGAAGGUGCCAGCUAUGAAAGACGGCGACUUUAUCCUGACAGAAAGCGUGGCUAUCCUCCAGUACAUGGUGGAGAAGUUCCCCCAGCUGGUCCCUGGUCACUGGUACCCCUCUGACCUCCAGCGUCGAGCCCUUGUCAACGAGUUCCUGUCCUGGCAGCACACCGCGCUGCGGGCCCAUGGCUCAAAGGUCUUCUGGUUUAGGGCUGUGGUUCCCGUGGUAACAGGCGUGGCUGUUCCGAAGGAGAAGAUGGACUCAGCGCUUGAGGACCUGAAGCAGACCAUGGAUUUGUUUCAGAGCAAGUUUCUAAAGGACAGCAGCUUCAUCGCUGGGGAAGAGGUUUCCCUGGCAGACCUGGUGGCCAUUGUUGAGAUCAUGCAGCCGGUUGGAACUGGUCUGGAUGUGUUUGAGGGCCAGCCAGCACUGAGUGCCUGGAGAGAGCGUGUGAAGAAGGUGAUCGGAGAGGAGCUGUUUGAUGAAGCUCACAAAAGCAUCAUGAAUGUGGACUUCCUGGCCAAAACCUUCCAGGACAACGGCAUGCUGGAGUUCCUCAAGCCUCGCAUCAACAAGAUGUUCACCUGAGCGUCAGGUCAAGCUGCUCCACUUCAGUUCACGUUUUCGUGUAUGCAGGGUGAUGAAUAAUUUUCAUUAUCGUUUCAUUUGUUUCAUUCCAAAGGUAGUUCUUGAACUUUGAUUGAGAUAUUUCUUAAUUUGUGGUGUGGAUUAAACCUUGUGUUGAGCAAUGCAA